ACCCCCCGCACUUGACACACAGACCAAUUUUCUUGGACAUAAGACUGGCAACAUGACUGAGGCUCCAAAGGCGAAGAUGUCAUACGUACGCCUGGGCAACUCUGGGCUAAAGGUGUCCAAGAUUAUCCUUGGGUGCAUGUCCUACGGUCUCAAGGGCUGGGCAGACUGGGUCCUCGAUGAGGAGGAGGCCAUCAAGCACAUCAAAUACGCGCACGAUGCCGGCAUACAGACAUUUGACACCGCCAAUGUUUACUCCAACGGCCAUUCGGAGGUUAUCCUUGGCAACGCUAUCCGCAAGCUAGGGCUUCGGCGCGAGGAGUUAGUCAUCAUGACCAAACUCUCUGGUGCGAUGUCCACAGACCCGAACGUCAAUAUCUUCCGCUCGGGUAAGACGCCUCAAGAAUUUGGUAUUAUUAAUCAGAUAGGACUGAACCGCAAGCACGUUUUCGACUCCGUCAAGGCGAGCCUGAAGCGUCUGCAGGUCGACUACAUCGACGUUUUACAAUGCCACAGGUUCGACGUGACCACGCCGAUCGAGGAGGUAAUGCAAGCGCUGCACGAUGUUGUCCAGGCGGGCUAUGUCCGUUACAUCGGCAUGAGCUCCUGCCACGCCUACCAAUUCCACGCCAUGCAAAAUUACGCAAUCAACAACAAGCUCACGCCGUUCAUCUCGAUGCAAAAUCACUAUAACCUCGUCUACCGCGAAGAGGAGCGCGAGAUGAUCCCGACAUUGAAGAUGUUUGGCGUCGGCUCGAUCCCUUGGUCUCCGCUCGCGCGUGGCCUGCUCACGCGCCCGUUCUCCGUGACGACUGAGAAGGGCACAUCGCGCACAAAGUCUGAUGCGUGGGUUCACGGCUACACCGGCCCGGGCACGCCUGCGGUUGUCGCACGCGUUGAGGAGCUCGCUCAAAAGAAAGGCGCGACCAUGGCGCAAAUCGCACUUGCAUGGGAGCUUGCCAAAGAUGGAGUCACCGCGCCCAUUGUUGGCACAACGAACCUACAGAACCUGAAAGAGAUUAUCGAUGCACUCGACAUUAAACUCACCGACGAAGAGAUCAAGUAUCUCGAGGAGCAGUACCAGCCAACGGCGAUCUUUGGGCACCAGUAGAUGGUUAGUCUACCUGAGUAAAGCACUGUAUGGGGCCGUCUACUGCCAGUGGUGCCGAAUUGCGGAGUGCACGUCAGAAGACGAAGAAAGUAGAACUGUACGAGCUCCAACGCGUAAUAUGACGCCCGAAAGUUUGC